AUGAUCCUUAAAGCCUGUCUUCCUAUUGACGUCAGCGCUUCUCAAGGUGUGAACUCCAAUUCACCUAAUGAGAAGCACAAUUCUUUGGAAUCUUCAAAGCCACCCGAUCCGAUUUUAAAACAACUAACACCUCCCAAAUAUUUGGACAAGACCAGUCGCUCAGCUUCAGGGAUAACUGUUGACAAUCCUAGCGUCAGCUCAAGGACAACUGGUUUCGUACUUUUGUACGAAAAAAUGCACGAACAACACGCCUAUCUGAUGCUGGAGAUAGAUAAAAUAAGCAGUAUUAUCAGCCUUAUGAACAAGCUACGACCGGGUUCAGUUUCACGCACAGCUGUCACAACUCUAGAAGAGCUUUUGGGCAGUAUUCAGAAAUUCGCGGCUAGUACAUACGGUCAUGCCGAUGCAGGGAAUGCACGUGAGCGGAACUCAGAACCAAGGGUCUUGCCUUCGCAUUUCGACUGGUCCCCGAUAUUUCAAGUUGUGACUGAACUGACUGAUCGUUUGAGAAGAAUGCGCACUGCGCUCUGGUCUUGUGUACAAUUAUUCGAAUUUAAUAGUUCAUCUAACUAUGCUCAGGCUGCUCACUAUUUGGUUGAAUUGAUCGCCCGUAGCCAAAAUUCACGUUACAUGAAUACAAAUUCUAUCAAGUCAUCCCAUACACCAACUUCUGUCAACGCUGUAAAACCUUUGAAGACUGCAGCGCGAUCGUUGAUGGAUUUCCAAUCGCAAUUCGAGGGAAUUUCGUUUCCACCCUGCGCAGCCGCUACGGCCACUGUUCAAAAACCGAUUCAAAACUUUCACAACAACAACAACAACAACAACAAUAGCAAUAACAAUAAUACUAACAAUACUCGAGGUUUGCUGCUGUUUCCGAGUACAACCGGUGCAGGUAGUUUCUGCUGGUCUCAGCGGAACUUGCACCAGUCCUCAGCUCGGCCUAUCUGUACACAACAAGCACAAUACUUACCUGAUCCGGUAGUCAUUUCAGAGACUGGUCUCUUUACUAGUGAUCAUAUCGGAACGGUUCAAUCACCUGGUUUCUUGUUUCCCCAUCCCACAAAUCAUUCUGCUCAACCGACUCUAAUCAUGCCCUCAACUCUUUUCGCAGGAAGUCUUAAUCGCAACACCGCUUUGGGACCACAACUGUGCAGUUUUCAGCCGGGAACACGUUUCCCGGAUCGUUUGUAA